UGUACAAUGCCUUUGAUACAAUAUGGUUUAGUUUUCGUCUGCGUUAUUGAAUAUGAAUGCUGCAAUCAUUUGCUUGCGUCCUGGUAUAUCAGGCUCUUUGUACUGUUUGAUACUCUCAUUCAGCAAAUUUGCUUCAAGUCCUGAGUCUCCAGUUCUUAUCGGCAUCCUUGCCCUUUUUGGUGUUGAGAGUCUCCGACACAAUUCUCUCACAAGUUUUUCGUUGUUGUUAUCACGUGUUCUUCGUUGUCAAACAACUUCGUAUCCCACUGUGGUAUUUCGUCCUUUUUAACUUUUGUUGUCUGGGGUAGCACAUCGAUGCUUCUACUACAGGCAUCCCUUUCAUGAAUAGUGUCGAGUUUUUGUAGCUUUUAUUUGUUAUUACCCUUUUCGAGCCAAUUAAUGUGUCCAUUAACUGUUUAGUGUUGCGUUGGCGUGUUAUUUAUUUCAUGCCAGAGUUCAUGGCGUUUGAAUGUUAUGAACACACAGCUCCAAUUGCACUUUUUUUCUGGUGGUGGUUUCUUUUGGUUAGAUCGGUAUCUAUAGACCAAUAAUGGCUUCGAGAAGUAGCCUCCAAACCGCCGGUGCUAGCUUUUAGUCAAAGACUCCUUUACAUUUUCAAUUGCAUCGUUUAAAAUUGUGAAUGCUUUUUAUUUGUCAUGAGUUAACAGGGGUUCACAAGUCACAUAACAACAGUGCCCCAUUCUGUCGCGUUGUGUAAUGUCAAAUGCCACUUUCUUGUGACUGGUUAUGUAAAACGUUGUAAAUUCAAUAGAACUUUUUGCGACAGUUCAUUUGUGUUCAUUGUUCGAAUGUUGUCAUUUUUAUAACAUACACCGCUGCUGUUUUUUCUGUAUUCCUUACUGAAAUCUGUUUAUAUAUUUGUUCCGUAAGUUUCUGUUUUUUUCAUGUAGGGUGGUGCGUGAGUAACGCCUAUUUGAAGAUUUAUUCAAAUUUGUCAAAAACCGCUUUAAGCUUUCUUAAUUCUGAUUGGAUGGAACCUAACCAAUGAAUUCCUGUGAAUGUCGUCGUCUACCCAUGCAGAUUCCAUGCACUACGGUUGAUCAUUGAUGAAAGGAGGCUUCCUUGUCUCUUCGUUGUUCGUGUUUGCACUACACUUGCCUUAAUGCUGCGAUAGACUUCGCUGCUAUCUUCGGGGCUAACGUUUUACAGUUCUCGAUGUUCUUCCUGGGUUCUGGAUUUGCGUAAUGAUCAUUGAUACCUGGUAUCGCUUCCAAUUUUAUAUCAGAUAUUCUGAGGGAGGGUUAUUCCUCCGAAUAGUGACCAACGUGGAAAGUUUUCUAACAGGGAUUCUUGGCAGAUGUCGUGGUUUGGGAAUUAAUUGUCCACCAAAUUCGUUUCUGUAGGGAGCUGCUCUUAUACAUAUCCAUGUUUAAAUAUUCGACGCAGAAAUUAUAAGCUUGCCCUAACUAUAACUCUCUGACAAUUUCACUAUCUCACUUUUGAAAGCACUGUUUUUUUUUCAAUUAGUAGCACGCAAAUUUCUGAUUUUAAAUUAAUAAAAUGAAACUAUUACUUACAUUAAUACCAACAACGACAUUGUUGGAUUUAAAGGGUUGGGUGUAUCAGGACCUAGUGUAUCUACGAGGAAAACAUAGGCAGGUGUUUCGGGGUUGUCCUUUUUGCUCUGGCUACUUGGGCUCCUAAUACCUAUUAGGAUCCUUCCACGGUGUCCUGUGCUCUGCUGUUCGGAUCAAACCGUAACACUUAUGUUGUCUGGCUCUUGUAAUCGUUUUUCUGAUUGAGAUAAUCAGUCUCAUUAGACGUACGCGGCAUCGACUUGAAAUCGAUGUACGCUGUCUGCGGGAUCUCAUUCUGAAUGGAGCGAAUAAAGUACAGUCGCUCCCACAAUAGCAUCGUACAAUAGUACGCCCACAUCGGUUCGGUAACACUGCGAAUCCGAUACCGAUCUUGCGACAUGUGAUCGCGAUAUACGGAUUCAACUAAAUCGAAAUAUCCAGAGUAGUUUAAACACCGACGAAGUUUACACGCAGUUCUGGAACGCGUUUGAGGAAGCCUCAAGCCGACCAAUCAGCAACGCUUAAAGCGUCGAUAUCACAUGAAUCAUUCUUGGGUGUUGUGAAUGUCGUCGAUAGGUGUUUAGGCGUGAAAUCAGGUUUACCAGUGAUUUCAGUCUGGCGAUGUAAACGGGGGUCGGGUUGGCGGGAUGGCUCAUCACGAGUGCUGGGACCCUUCCGAGGCUUGAAAGUAAACUUCUUCCUCGUCUUCUGUCCGGUAGCUGCCGUCGUAACGGCGUCAUUUCCAAUAUUAGAUUCCAUAGUUUGAAGGUAAACUGCGAUCGACUUCGGAAUGGAAAUGUUCGACUUGAAAUCGAUGUACGCUGUCUGCGGGAUCUCAUUCUGAAUGGAGCGAAUAAAGUACAUACAGUCGCUCCCACAAUAGCAUGGUACAAUAGUACACCCACAUCGGUUCGGUAACACUGCGUAUACAAUAACGAUCUUGAUCGCGUUAUGUGGAUUCAACUAAAUCGAAAUAUCCAGAGUAGUUUAAACGCAGUUCUGGAACGCGUUUGAGGAAGCCUUAAGCCGACCAAUCAGCAACGCUUAAAGCGUCGAUAUCACAUGGAUCAUUCUUGGGUGUUGUGAAUGUCGUCGAUAGGUGUUUAGGCGUGAAAUCAGGUUUACCAGUGAUUUCAGUCUGGCGACGUAAACGGGGGUCGGGUUGGCGGGAUGGCUCAUCACGAGUUAUGACACCCUUCCGAGGUUUGAAAGUAAACUUCUUCUUCGUCUUCUGCCCGGUAGCUGCCGUCGUAGCGGCGUCCUUUCCAAUAUUGGAUUCCAUAGCUUGAUAUUGUUUGGACGACCUUCCAGUCUUAUCCUUUUCCAUACAGUCUUUGAAUAUUUCGACAAUCACUUCCAUCAGAAAUAGAGCUAAUAGUGUUAAUAGUACUAAAACUGGAACUUCACAGCUUGAUCUAUUCUUCAUUUCGGAUUUUCACAUUCACGAUCACUUCCGAAACUCACACGUGACCUUUGAAGUUUGAAGAAGGCUUUCAGGCCUAACCUGUGCCAAGACUUUUCCAACAGGUUCGGUGGCAUAAUCCGGAUGCGGUGUCCUCUAUGGAUUGCAGAACCUUCAAGGAAUUUCAUUUCAAUUCCAAGCGGUGUCCCAACCUGUUACCCCAAUACUAGGCAGGAGAGGGGUCGCUAAUGAAAAGUCGUUCUUGUUCGGAAGAACGCUAGCCACCUAUGCUUUUGCUAACUGCGUCUUUAUGGGCAAUUAGUCCAUUGUUUGUUGUUAAGAUCACGAUUCCACUGGCACUGUUUACGGGCGGGAAAGCUUUAGUCAUGUCUUCAAUUUCUCACGAUCACAAACUUUGAUAAUCCUUCUAUAUGCCGAAGAGUAUUUUUUGUUAUUUUCAAAGUAUUGCCUUGUUUCUUGGUAACUAAAUAGUUCUGCUCCUUACGUAAACGAAUGAGUUGAGCUGCACAUUUACUCUUUGGCACUGGGAAUUUCUUCGUUUCUUUUAAUUCUGGAGAUGACACUCUACAGCUCUUCCUCUGCGGCGCACAAACCGGAGAAUCAUUCGUUCGACUUGCAACAUGCGGCAUCAAAACAUCCUUUUAUUUUGCUUCAUUUUUCCCACUGGGCACUGGUACAAUUUCCACGAUAGUUCACUGCUCACAGAGUUAAGUUUUUCAGUUUGUAAAGACGAUGGUUUUUGCAUUCUGCAGAUUUAGUUUGUAUUCGUAAAUCUCUUUCAUCAAAUAUUCACAUACUUUCACUGACACAAAAUUGUAUGCGGUGAGGCUGAUGACUAUUAUACUUAGCUUCCACAUUUGUUUGAACUCUUCACUCUGCCAACUGGCUCUUCGAUCAGUCGAAUUGUCUUCAUCGCGCACUUUGCAGAACGGUCUUCUUUUUACUCUGUACGGUCGCCAUGACAAGACUUUUCCAACAGGUUCGGUGGCAUAAUCCGGAUGCGAUGUCCUCUCUGGAUCGCAGAACCUUCAAGGGGUUUCUUUUCAGUUCCAAGCGCUGUCCCAACCUGUUACCCCAAAUACUAGACAGAAGAAGUAUCGCUAAUGGAAAGGCGUUCUUGUUCGGAAGAACGCUAACUGCGAAGUCUCUGUAUUCAGGAAUCGUAAGGCUAUUUAAAUUAUCAAUUGUGUCGUGCUAUAUGAAACAUGUCACGGUCGCCAUAUGCUGGUACACUCUGAUAGGAUUUAAAUGUACAUCACUUGAACGGAUGUGAUAUCUCAACCAAUGGUAAUUGAUGAAUUACUUGGUCCGAAGACCGAUUUGAACUGUUUAUUCAUGGAUUGGAACAAGCCUUUUAUAGACCAAAGGUGUUGCACCAGGCGUUGUUAUUCCAACAUAUUGCAAAUAAUUUCGCAUAAAUGUUUUUUGUUUACCAAUGUUUUGUAUGUUAUAUUUUUUUUAUUGAUUUUUUGAGGUAGCUAUAAAUUUGCUGCAACUCCUCAAAAAGAUUUUCUGUUUCUCUUAACAUUUACCUUUUCUUUUGUUUAAGUGUGAUUGUUGACUUUAUCCACGUGUUGAAAUAACUGCUACUAUUACGACUUCACUGACUUUAUCCUCAUUUUAAUAUUCCAGUGGGAUAGUGUCGUCUCUGAAAUUUGAUUUUUCUGGUUCUUCUUUGAGCACCGGGAUAUGCAAUCGGUACAUGUCUUUCUAUCAGUACCUACCUUUAUUUUGUUCUUAUACACGAAUUUAAUGUUCAUUUUUUCUAAUUGUCCUACUAGCUCUUGAACGAAAGUAGCAUCGUAGUAUGAAUUGUUCACUUCAAAUAAGCUUGCCAAUUACCCUAAGAACGGAAUGUAUGGCCUGUUUUCCAGCCACAAAUUUCUGUGUUCUACGGUGAAAUCCAUUGUGAUUUACUUUCACUGUUUAUCUGAGUGUUUUAAAGUUCACUUCCACUAUCACUUGUGUCUAUACGGUGUUGAUCAAGGUAGAAAGACGUACAUACUUCUUGCCUUGUCUUACGUUCCACUUGUCUUUUGAAAUUACCGUAUUACUAGGGACAAUGGAAAUUCGCGAUUUCGCGGAAGCCGCGAAUUCCGCGAAAUUGGGCAUUGGUCGCGAAAUAAAAGAAAUCCCGCGAAAUGCCGCGAAAUUUAUCAAUAUUUAGAAAAUAACCUCAAAAUUCCACCAAUUUUAAAUUUUAAAAUAUUAAUUUACUGAUAACUUUCAACAGUGUAAAGUAAUUAACAAUUCUGAAUCCGGCAUAAUGAAAGUUAAAUGAAUUUAAUAUGUACUUCUUUUCUGAUUUUUAAUUAAAUUUGGUAUUUUUUCUGUGAAUUUAUGAUUACGCUUCAAAAAAAUUCAAGUGAACUAUUCAUUUCGCAUGCAAAAUUGGUGUUUCUUCAACAAAACGUCCAAAAAUGUGUAGCCGCGAAAUCGCCGCGAAAUUCACAAUGUUGGCCCGCGAAAUUUUAGAAAUUUUGCCGCGAAUUUCCAUUGUCCCUACGUAUUACGAUGGCUUUUAGAGUGGUUAGCGCAUCAACUUGUUAGGGAGUUUUGCUUUUAAUUGAAUUUCAUUUGUUUCUUGAUUAUUAUUCGUUUGAGGUGUUCACUUUUUUUAUUCAAAACAUUUUACUUCUUCGUGUUUAUUCACUUUUUGAUUGAUAUUUCCUUGUUCACUUUUUACUUGAAAAAAAAAAAGAAUUAUAGUAUUUACAAUUUAAUAUCAACCAUUGUGAGGGACACUCACAACUACGGGAACCAUGUGACUGCUGGCCGUCAAACCUCUAACAGUGCCGUUUUCAGCAAGUCCUGGCGCUGGUCGUUUGUUAUCGAUUCCUAUUAUCAGUUUUUGUUUGUCUUCCGAUCUUGGUGAUCGUACUAAUGGAAUCAAUCCAUACGUUUACAGUUUACGUUGAUAAUAACUAUUUCGGAUUGUUUUUCAAACUUUCCCUAACAAUUUACUUGAGGAAUUAGUUUCUGCUUUACUCCAAAGGUAUGCCGCACUCCACGUCGCAACUCUCUUUGGUCGAAUCACUGUAGUAUAACUUCGCGAUUAUAGGAAAAACUGCCCUACUAAAACUUCACUACUAUUCUCCUAUUCGGACGCCAGUUAUUUUAUUUUAAUUCCAAUAAAGAAAAAAAAUAUUUCACUUAUGAAUUCUAAACAUUUGAUUUUGUAUUAUUAUUAUCUACUAUUCCUAGCUUAAGGUAGCUAGUCUACCUGAAUGAAAUGAUGAUGGAUAGUGAACACUGAAUCAAAGCAACUGCAACUGAUCUGCCUAGCUGCCUACCGGGGUAUUUAUACAAAAGAUCGGUAUGCGGUUGUCUGCUGUUGUGGCUUUGCUAAUGUUGCUGUUUCGCGAAUGCUAUCUUUUACGACUGUUUUAUGUUUCUGAUGAAUAUGGAUUUCUUAUUAUGUCUGGGUUGCGGGUGAUAACUUUGUUGACUGUCUGGUCUAACGGUAUGUCUAUCCGUAACUGUUACUUGGCGCGUGGAUCCAACUACGGGGAAACCGGUUGAUACUGGCUGCACGGCGUUGGUGUUGCUACGGUUCUAACUGUUGGGCAUUGAUGGUGCCUACUCGCACCUUCUCAUUCGACGUCAUAUCAAGCACACACACACCAGCGCACGCCAGUAUUGUACAAACCGUUUGCCCGAAACGUGCUGAUGAUUUCCUCUGAAGUAAACGAACGAUUUUGACUGUGCAGCUUUGGAAAUAUACAUAGUAAGAAAUUUCCUGAUAGCGUCCUAUUGUGUGGACCGCAACUAGAACUAGCGUGUUGUUCCUUUGCGUUGUUGAUUAGUAACAUGUUCCUGGGUAAGGGUAAAUAUAAAAUCGGUUUGAUUUGUUGUGGAAGCUGAACAGUUACUUUCCAAUCCCAUUAUAAUUGGAUAAACGCAGUCGUCUAAAAAUGCUUGAACAUCGUGUAAUUGUUGGACUACGUACUCGGGAUGGUUUGCAGUGUGGAGAGCUGCUUAUUUGACUUUGUAACGUAUUGAGGGGGUAUCUGUUAUAAUAGUGUCGUUGACGAUCAGUGGUAUAAUGUUGAUCAUUUGACAGUUUCCGUUGGUCUUGCAUCUUGUAUAGCAGCAUGUCGGGUUUGCAAGCUAUUUUUGGUUUGGCAUAACUCAAUGCUUUCUCUGGGAAAUUAGUCGUUAUGCCUUGUUUAUUGAUAAUGGUUUCAAUUAGGAAGAUUUCCUUUAGUGUUAAUAGCUUACUGUUGGAUAGCGAUAUGCGGCUUCUCAGGAUUGCGCCUUCGAUUUCUUUGAGUAUGUUGUUCAUUGUUUCCAUGGAUAAUAGUAACGUGAUGGCGUCGGUUUCUCUCAAAAGGAUGCUGUUGAUUGAAGUGAGUUGGUUAAUGGUAUAAGUUACCUUCGAAUAUUGUUCGUACAGUUGAAAAUCGGAAUUUUUUACACGCGAAAAUCGAUUUUUCUCCUAAACCGUGCGUCGGACGUACGUCGGGCAUAGUGCACUGGAUAGAGGACCAGGUCCGCUGUCCAGCGCACUAUGUCCGACGUUAGGUUUCCCGUACUGAUUUGGAAAAAAGCGAUUGUCGCGUGUGGGGAAACUUCGGGUUUCAACCUCGACGACAAUAAAUUGGUUGAUUUUGAUUUGCUCAUUUGACUGGUCGAUGAGGUCGUUGAAUGUACUGUCGAUUUUUCUCAAGUCGUCUGCAUCUGGGUUGCCUGCCAGUCAUUUCCAGCCUUUUUCCGAUGGUGUUUCAAUUUAUAUAAGUUGUCUGCUAAUUGUCUACGUUUCCUAAUAAUGAGAUUUGCAAGGCUCUGUGGACUAUUUCGACCGUUCCGUUCGAUGAAGAUUGGCCCACGCUGGUAUAGUGAUACUCCACGUUGGUUUCUUCGAGAAAUUGUCUGAUAGUGUGAACGAAGCUUCUUGGUCCAUGAUUAAAAAUGAAGGCUUUCCUAAGGUAGAGAAAAAAUGUGUUAUUGCCUAAAUACGUCCGCAUGUGAACUAUUUGCAAUGGUCUUGUUGGUGUCACUGUGAGGUGAUACUUUUGUUCGUACGAGUGCUUUUCGUAUUUUGAUUUUUUACAUAAUUUACAAAUAUUAAUAAAGUUAGUGAUUUUGCUUUUCAUUCUUGGAAAAAAGAAUGUCCGUGAAAUAUGAGUCUUGGUUUCAUUAAUGCCCCUGUGAUUAGCAUUAUGUUGUCGUUGAAUGAUUUGACCUCGUUUCAAUUCGUCAAUGACGUCUUGCAACAAUGGUUGUGUUCAGUAAAUUUGGAAUGAUUUUAACCAUGAAACAUAGUUUUUGGAAAUUACUUGUAGGUUCAUCAAUAUUCUUUCACUACAGUAAAUUCCAGUUAUGCAUUUUGUCGAUGCGUAAUCUUUGAGAAUAUUGAUAAAGACUCCAGAAAUGAAUUGUUUUUUACUGCUGUUCGAUUAUAUUUCCUAAACAAAGUAAGAGAUUCACGACUGUCUUCGUUUGUUCGCUCUAAGAUGAUUCGAUUUUAAAUUCGUUCAUCGGCCGUCAUGUUGUCACUGUCAUCGUUGGCUGAAUUUGCAUUUACUUCUGGAUUUUCUUUGCAUUUCUGAUCUAUUCAGGAAAAUGCGUUUGCGUUUCCAUUCGACGUACCCUUUUUGUAUUUGAUUUCAAACUCUUGCUCUUCUAAAGCUAGUUUCCAAUGCAGAAACCUCUUAUUUAAAUUGAUUUUUUUUUUUUCUGACGGAGUCGAACAAGCGGUAUGUGGUCCGUGUGUAUUUCGAAGCUAGUACCAUAAAUGUAGGGUCUGAAAUGUUUUAUGGCCUAGACAAUGGACAACAGUUCUUUUUCAGUCGCAGAGUAAUUGCGAUAUGCAAUGGGAUGUUCUUCGGUACAUUCAAAUCGUUCUUGCAUUCAAACUAAUGCCGAAUUGAUGGAUGCAUUUUUGUUCUAAUUCAGCUGUUCAAAAUACCCCGAGAAUUUAUUUCAUUUAUUGUGAUUCUGAUUAACAUCAUGUCUUUAUGUUUCUUCAUAUUCUUAUAUGUUUAUUAUAUUUUUAAUUAAUUAAUUUAUGUAUAUAUUUUUAAUAUCAACUCCUAUAAUUUCAAUUAUGUCAGAUCGUAUACUCUCCAAACGUGAAUUGAUUUGUUGUGGAUCUCCACAUUUUGUUGUUACAUGUUUUUUUUUUCAAUUUUGCUAUUACUAAUAUUAAAGAGAUCUCGAAUGAUUAGAUUUGAAUUUGGUUUAUUGAUUAUCAUAAAGUUCAAAUAAGUUUACAAUAUUAUCGGUAUUUACGCCUACAUCGAGGAAGUCCGACCUCCAGCAGUUACCUCGGUGGACGAAACGUAUGAUAAUCUCGAACAUACCUAGGCGACUCCGGUACAGAUGCACCGGAUGGUCCCAGCCUAGGACUUUGUACGUCUGGAACUCCUCAGAUGCCGUUUGGGCGCCGAGAGAACAGGCGAGUCUCCAUCGACGGCACACCCUAUCCUUCACUUCCGGACACAGCCUAGUCGCCGGAAGUGCUCCAAUCGCGAUGAGUUGGACUAUACGAGACAGAUAGCCAUGUCGUAGUCGCGAAUCAAUGGGGCCCACCCAUUCACCGAAUCGGGGGCCACAAGUAAAUGUUUCUCCUACGUAUUCCAUGUUUUUUUUUGCUGUAAAAAAACAAUAAUAAUAAUAAACCGUCGAUAAGUAAAAAUUCUUAACUAAGAAUCUAGAAAAAACUCAAUACAAUGCACGGGGUCGUUUUAUAACGACAAUAAAUAACAACACUCUCAGCAAAUUUUUCAGCUGGACUUCGAACCAUAGAGAACGAUAUCCAGAUACCCAAAACAUUCGGACAGUAUACUGCGGGGAAUAUUAUUAAAGCUAACAAACAGCCAUGUCCCUCCAUUCCAACGAUGAUGCAAUGACAUUCGCAAUCGACCCCACGAUAGGUGGAGAGAGGGAUAGAAGAAUAAGCAAGGGGCGGAUGGAGUGGACAUGCGAAUGAAAUGCAUAACGCUUCCACUUAUGCUUAAGUGUUAUGAUGGAUUGUCAUCAUUUGCUAAUUAGAACCAACUCGUUCGUUUGGUUGGUUAAGACUGAUUUAUUGUAUCUUGGUUAAACUUCAAACAACCUUUUUCUAAUGUAUGAGCGCGCAAAGGUCCGAGACACUGCGCAUGUAUAAAAAUGCUGAAAUCGCUUGAUUCCCACGGGAAGGUAGGGGCGAUGCACACGUAUUGUAUUUUGAGUUACAUGCGCGGUGUAACUCCGCUGUAAUGUUCCACACUAUUUUCUUGAGGCAUUUUAUCCUCUUGGGUGUGUAUUUCUUCUGUUUGCGAAUGUGUUUGUUUGUAGUUUGGGAUAUACCUCGGGAUAUUAUCUGAUAAGUGUAUGUCUUGAGAAUAACAAUUAUUAGUUGAAAGAGUAUCCUCGCUUAAACAGAAAAUGUCUGAAUAAUCUCUUAUUAACCGUUCAAAUUCCUGUUGCACAUAAUCAGGUAUAUUUGUAGUGUAAAUUUCUUUCCAAAUAUUUUCCUAUGUUCGUUUUCAUUACUUAUUCUUCUGGUAUUCAAAACGUAAUAACUGUCCAACGGCUCUGUUAUAGGUUUUAUUUGAUCAUAAGAAAUGUAUACUGGUUCAUCUGUGGUAUUAGUGAAUUUCGCCAAGGGUUUGUUUUUUGGAAAUGAUCGUGUUACCCAAAAAGAUUCCUGAUUGAAUUUCUUUAGGGUGUACCAACAUUUCACUUUGGUAUGCCGAGACAUGAAAGAAAAUUUAGAGACUUUGUGCCAAGUUAGAACGGGAUUCUCCCAUCCUAAAAUGUCACAUAGUAGCCGUUCCGCUUCAGAUGUCUGAGGACCGGAACCGGGCGCGGAGUACAAGGUCUCUAAUUUCAAUGCAAAAAUAAUAUGGUGUUAAUUUCUUUUGUAGAAGACAAAAUAAUAAAUAUAUCACUAAAUUCCAAAAAGCCAGCCCUUUAGGAAAUGGAAAUAACAAGAGGAAUUUUAAUGGGCCAUUAUGAGCCAUUAUUAACCAUAUACUUACAUUUUUUUGGGCCCACGCACCAGCGUUGGGUCCAACGAAGUCGGACAGUCCACUAUAACAGUAGUGGAAUGAUUCUACGGAGCCGCACGAACAUGCUUGGAGAUAGUCAGCAGGACUGGCCACCUCAGGCUCGACCAAGGGAUCAACUGUGAAGCUGUCAUCGUUGGCAAUAGUAGCACUGGUAGACUCAACGAACACGAAGGGGUAGACGUUGACAUCCGCCGCGAUCGCCUUCCUCAUCCGAGCCUGGGACCGAGUUGGCCGGGAGUGUUUUCAUUUCUUUAAAAUUGUCUUCGAUAGGUACUGAUACUGCUAUAUCGCCUAAGCCCAAUUGUAACAGCCAUGACUCAUAGUCGAUUUUGCAUCUAUUUGCUGUUAGGAAAUCUUGUCCAAGGAUUCCAUCUGUUUCGAUAGAAAAACUUUUAGAUACUAGAUGAAAUGUAUGCUUAGUUUUCAAUCCAUUACCAAAAUUCAAUUCUGUGUCUGCAGUGGCUAUUGUUUCGAUUGCUUGGUUUCUAGUGCCAAUCAAUUUGAUUUUUCUUGAUGUAUUUAUUCAUUUGUCGGGGUUUGCUUUGUUAAUUUUGAAUAAUGACUCUGCGUUUCCGUUCAACGUACCCUUUUUGUAUUUGAUUUCAAACUCUUGCUCUUCUAAAGAUAAUUUCCAAUGCAGAAGCCUCUUAUUUAAAUCGUUUUUCUGACGGAGUCAAACAAGCGCUUUGUGGUCCGUGCGUAUUUCGAAGCUAGUAUUAAAAAUGUGGGGUCUGAAAUUUUCUGUGGCCCAGACAAUGGCCAACAGUUCUUUAUCAGUCGCAGAGUAAUUGCGUUCUGCAUCAUUUAAGGUUCUUGAUGGAUAUGCUAUGGGAUGUUCUUCGGUACAUUCAAAUCGUUCUUGCAUUCAAACUAAUGCCGAAUUGAUGGACGUAUUUUUGUUCUAAUUCAGCUGUACAAAAUACCCCGAAAACUUAUUUUAUUUAUUUUGAUUCAGAUUAACAUUAUGUCUUUAUGUCUCUUCAUAUUCUUAUAUGUUUAUUAUUUUUUUAAUUAAUUAAUUUAUAUUUAUAUAUUUUUUAAUAUCAACUCCUAUAAUUUCAAUUAUGUCAGAUCGUAUACUCUCCACACUUAUGGUACUCGCUUUAGCCUUAUCAAGUAGGGCUUUUCGGGCAUUUGUUAGGAAGUUCAUUCCUUCCGCUUUUAACUUUUGUUGGAACGCGUUUGACUGCGCGUCCAGAGACUCCGCCCAGCCGUCCUCGGUUCGGGUCUUCAAGAAGAUUUCGGCCAUGACAAAACCUGUUGCCAUGUCGAUUUUAGAGAUCCGGGACAAGGACACAAUAUCCCAGAGUUCAUCAGUUAACGAGGUGUUGGAGGCGGAUAAGGCGACGAAUAGGCAAGUUGCAAUCGGCAUUGCAGUAGAGGAUAGAUUUGCAAGUGCAGUAUCACUCAGAAGUCGACAAAAGAUCCAUUUUUUGUUUGGCCUCUCUGCAAGGUGGACAUAUUCCACUAUGAAGGGCCCCAAGGCUGGGAUAGAGAUUUUCUUUAGGAAGUCUUUGGCCGACAUUAAGAAUUUUUCAUGGGCCUUAACGAACCAACCAAUGGCUCCCAAGCCCGUGUACGACAAGGACAACACGCAUGCGGCUUUCCAAAAGCCGGAGACAGACUCAUUUACAGAGGCAGUGAACCCUUCUAUGAAAAGGACUGCCAGUUGCUUAGCCAAGGGGGUCCCUUUGGUGAUGUAACCCUUAAAAGCCUUGGUAAACCUGUAGUGCGGAGGGGCAAAGACCUCGGCUGCAAUUAGCUCCGUACUGGAUGGCCCGAACAGGUUCUGGAGCCUCUCCUUUGUGGUCCGUUGGAUAUGAUUGGCCACGUCGAACUCAUCCUUGGUCAUGAGUCUCAAACAGUUUCCCAUGACGAAGGCCGAUCUCUUUCUUUGACGGCAUUCAGUUUUGCCAUCACUUCUUCGGGUGAGGUUUUCGAUUCGCAAUUUAGCUUGAUUUCAUUUACAUGGUUCGCGAUAGUAGCAUGGUUGUUUCCAAGACCCAACCUGGCCUUUCCAGUGAGCCUGGUUUUCAAAAAUUUCAAUGCUAUCGCUUUAUUUGCUGUAUCGGUCAACUCAUCCAAGAGAGUUGCUGAGUCAACAAAUGCAUCUAAUUGCUCGGGGGACCCGUCGUAGGGGAGUACGAUGGACGUAGCCGUCCUUACGUCAAAUGCCAUUACUAAAGAUUGUUUUAUCUUCAAAUUAUUCAAAUUUAGAUUUUCGUAUUCGUUCCGUCUUUCUCAAAUUAGUUUCAUCUGUCAGAAAAUCUAAUAUUGUCUCUAGACCCGCCAGUUAUCAUUAUAUCAGUUCACUUCGUUUACAAUAAUCAAUUUCGGACUAAUCAAAAUAACUGUAAUCACUAUUAAUUAACCAUAAUCACACAUCAUCUAACUAAUUACCUGGUUUGGCGCAGUCAGUCAGUGCGCGAUAGUCUGGACGUUGUAUCCUCUGUUGAAACGUUGAAUGUUAAAGUUGAUUUCAUCCUUCAUCGUUGGGACCGCUCCUUGUUGCCGAAGGUCCUUUGUCGGGACCGCUCCAGGUUGCCGGUUGACACUUGUUGUUUUCCUUAUUAAUUUUUCUGUGCUACUUCAACAGAAAAUAAGCCAUGGGCUGCAUUAACAUCGCCCUGCUUGCCUUCACUUGUUCUGUGCACUGCUCUCUGCUCUGUUUGUUCACAUCAAUUGUAAAUUUGUCGAUUCCAUCACUACACUUGUUUUCAAAUUGUUCACCUUCCAAUUGUCAAUUUUCUAACCAAAACACUUCUGUUUUGUUCGUUCACGCCGUUCAGUUUUCGGUUUUUACUUGCACACACUACACCUGCGGGUUUGCAGCUCGAGAUACGCGCUCAGCCACUCUGAUUGUGUGGCUACUAUGUAGUUUUAUUAACGAUUUUAUUAGUACAUAGCCAAUGGCUACGACUGCCAACGCACAGAGUGCGAUCGUUUGUGCUUGGCGGUGGUUUUCUUGCGGGCAAACCGCGUUGUUGGUCGUAGUGACCUCUUCAUUAGAAAACCAUCCCAUUGUGAUUUACUAAUCUGCAAGAAUUGUUGAACCCACUCGUUCGCACUUAAUCACUUUACUUUCCGUCUUCGAUCAAAAACGCUGGCACGUUGUCGCCAUGUAAUAAAUGAUAACUUCACUGCUUUCAGGUUCGUCACAGACUGACUUUAUUUUAUUUCUCGAUUGGUUCGAGACUCAUAGAGAAUGCUAUGCUUGGUGGUCGAUGGCUUGGGUGGCCUGAUAAAUUAUGCUUACGCGCAUAAUGUUUGCAUUCGCAACGGAUGUUUAUUCCGACGAUUCAAACAUUGCGCGUGGAGGUUUUAAAAUACAAUGUUGUGCGAGCAACAGUGUAGCUCGAAAUAUGUUAUACCACAGUGCUUUAACCUGGCGGUUUAUUUCCUCUCAGGUUUCCAUUGUUCUCUUCUUUUGUAUACACUUUUGCACUAUUUGUCCAUAAAUUCGUUUACACUUUGGAUAAUUCCACCAGUGAUUAAGCCUUUUUCAGUGCCUUUUUAUUUAAAUAUCUGUUAACCUCACUGAUUAACGUUAUUGAUAAUUGAAGCCCGAGCAUCGCACAUAGUAACCAAAGCAUUACCAUCACUUUUUCAUUUUUUUCGGAAUGCUCACCUUGCAAGUUAAUGAUUUCCACAUGUUCCACAUGAGCCUUUGAUUGUUCUGUACUCAUUGUUAAUGAUAUGCCACUUUUUAUACUAAUAUAUCAAUCACUCUUUCCAUUUUGUGUUUUUUUGCACUUGUCUUUAAACUGCAUUUAUCUUCAAAUUACGCAAAAUAACCAAAAUUAAACUUAAUCAUAGAUACUUGGGAAACGUUAAUGAUCCCCACAUUGAAGGAAAAUAAAUCACUCUAUUAUCUAUUAUCACUCUAUUAUUUAUGAUCACAAAAAAUAUUUGAGCUCGGGGUGGACAUAGAAGAUCUUAAAAGCUCCAAAUCUGUUCUAGAAAACAUGAUUUAUUCUCCCUUAGCGUCACCGUGGAUCAUUUAUAGCUUAUCCGCGGGUGCAGCUAUUAUGCUGAUCAUUCGAAUAAUUUUGUUCAUAUGUUGUUUUAAGGGAAACAUUUCUUGCCAAGGGGUCACACAGAAUUGUCCAAAAUAAGCAAACUACAAAAAAGAGUUCCCUAUGCAAACGGAUCAGUGAAAUUCCAGCUCUUCCGAUAAUAGGAAAAAAGUAAGAAUACUAUCUUGAAGCCUAUUUGGUACAUACAGUUCAUAUAAAAAACUCCCACUUCAAUCAAAAAUGAAAGACAACAAAAUCAAUAAUAACAACUUAAGACACUCCACCAUGCAAAGAGGAACUAAGAAAAUAUACUGAAUUCAACAGAAUUUAGUACAACUCACGGUACUUACGAACGUAGUCUCGUUGGCGGAAAGUGAUGACGAACUGACGAGUCCUGGUGUGGUGGAGCAAGGUGAUGAUGGCGGAUGAUCGCUGAUAGGAAGGUGAUAUUCCAGUAAUAACUUAUGUUGCUACUUGGUCCGAAGACCGAAUUGAACUAUAUUCAUGCAUUAGGAAGGCCCCUUCUAUAGGUCGAUAGGUGUUUCACCCGGUGGGUGCUACAUAAUUGAAUUUGCCUGUAAGUAAUGAGUGAAGAGUUCUGGCAUGCGUAUGCUGAGGUCAGUCCUUUUGACAUUGUUCUUUGUUUUUUUUUUAAUCUUUCUUAUAUUGUCUGUGGAUUUCUGUCCUCGCAGGAAUGCUUUUCAGGUUACCCAAAAGGGUAACCAGAAAACCGGUGCCACUUGUAAUUGAUUACUAGGAUCUGUGCAACGUUUAAACAUAAUACGAUCCACAAUUUGAAUUCGUGCUCCGCAUGAUGUCCGCUAUGUCCUUCUAAGGUGUCCAUUACAUUCACUUGGGGAUCUCCGUUGUUCUGGACAGUUUUCGACUUUGACGACCCCAUUUCUGGUCAGUUUUUUUUACAACACAAGACGCAAACGUUUCUUCUAGUUCUUGCAUCCGCCACUUGAGUAUCUUCUAGUUAAUGUUAUUCACAUUGAUUUUUUUUUCUCGCUGGAUCAGGCACUUGAGCCUCGCUGGCCGGUCGCCAUGACGUGAUCUGCCUUUUCACUUCGAUACUUAGAGCACGGAAUACUUAAGCGUCACUUCACUAUACCCAUUUUUUUUGUAAUUUGAAGAGUAGCAUUGGAAUAUCAAUGCGGUCGAAUGCCUUGCUAAAGUCAGUGUAAAGAGCUUCUACGUGAUUACCAUUAUCCAUCGCAAUCAAUGAAAAGUUAAUGAAUUCCAAUAAAUUUGUAGCGGUUGAGCACCCUUUAUAGAAUCCAUGUUGCAUGUGCGUUAUUCUAUUCUUAAUUUGAGCAAAUAUAUUAUGCUUCGAAUAAUUUAGGGAUGCACGAGAUAAUGGCAAUUCCACGGUAAUUACGUAUGUCAGAUUUUUUGCCAGAUUUGAAAAUAGGUACCAAAAAAGAGCUUUCCCAUGAUUUGGGGAAGAUACCUGUUUCGAGAGAUUUUUUAAAUAGCCAAAACAGUGGAGUGGUGAGCUCCAAGCUAGAUUCUUAAAAAAUACAUGAUAAAGGCCGUCGGGUCCAGCACCUUUAGAAGCAUCUAAAUUUUUAAGUGCGUUCAAGAUGUCGUGUACCGUCACUUCAUUGUGAGUUAUACUUAUAUCCACAGGAAAUUUAGGGAUAUAUUCAAAAAGGUCUCGGUCACGGUCAUGUUCUGAAAAGGUGGUGUAAAUUUCUUGGAAAAAUGAUGCAAACAUGUUGCAUAUUUCGUCUGGAUUGUUGCCUACGUGUUCAUCAAGAUUCAUGGAAGAUGGAAAAUUGUCAGAUUUAAGAUUAGUUUUUACGUAAUUGAAGAAAUUCUUAGGGCAAGAUUUUAUUUCAUUUUCAGUUUUGGCAUUGUACUCUUCAAAUGCGGUUUCAAUGGCAAAAUUUAGUUGAUUUUUCCAAAUUUUCAUUGCAAUUAUUUUUUUUUGUGAAUUUUAUGCUCUUUCUGUUUGCGAUUUUUCAAUUUUUUUAUUUGUUUAUUAUACCAGACGGGAUAUUUAAAAUUGACAUUACGUCUUUUUUUCUUUAUAGGGACUUCGUCAUGAAUAAUUUUGAAAAUAAUGUUGUAAAAAAGAUUUACAGCAUUUUCCACAUUUCCUUCAUUCCGUAGUGUUGAUUGCCAGUUUAUAUGGUAUAGUCUACGUUUUAUAUUGACAUAGUUAGCUUUUUGGUAUUCAAAGACUUCUUCGUACUCAAAGUCGUUGGGAUUUUGGUGUCCAUGAAUAAAUAUUGAUAAUUCUAUUGCUGUGUGAAAAGCUUCAUUUUUCCACAAGGGAUUCAAUGAUUCGCUCACGCAAAAAUCUUCGUAAAUAUUAGUGAACAAGAAAUCCAAAUAACAAUUUUGUUGGUUUUUGACAUGAUUUACUUGAUGAAGGCCUAAAUUAGUAAUUUUGUCAAAAAUAAACUGCAAUGUUUCAUUGUCCCCAACGACUGGGAGUAAAAUACAUUCAGAGUCCGGAAUGAAGUCUGCUUGGCGUUGAUUAAAGUCACCAUAGAUAUCAACUUUAACCUCGGGAGAAAAUUGCGAUAAAAUUUGUUCAGCUGAUUGAAAAAAAAAACCGUUUUGCUUGAUACUGCCAUUACGACGUCUGCGGCGAUUCCUAGCGAGGGUAUUUCCUCGACAAGGUUGUGGUUCUGUUCAUUCUCCACGUCGGCGUGGUAGCCUCCUAGUCCUUGAACGACAGUUGUUGGUAGCUGAGGAAUGGUGAGAAUAGUCUCUUUGCCCAUUUUGUCGAUGACGUUUCCGACCUGGCCUAGAUAGGCGAAGAUUGGUUGUGGAAUGUUCUACGCUACGUCCUUCGUACUUUUCAGUAGUUCCUUUUCUACUGAAGUCAGAGCUUCAAUCCUUUGCUUUGAUUUUAUGUCGAUGAGUCUAAGCCAUAGCUCAUGCUCAAAGUCUUUGCAUUUAGUUGCUGAAAUAAUUUCUGAAUUGAAAUCAUUCGAAAUUGCAAUUAGCACUCCUCCACCAGACUUCUGUGGGGACUCCAGAAAAUUUCUGUCUUCUCUGAAUACGUUAAAUGCACUUCCAAAAACUUCUUCACUUCGUACGCUUUCAUCCCAGCUUGUUUCAGUUGCUUGAAUAGCCGAAAAGGAAGAGCUAAAAAUGUUUUUAUAAUCUCAAUAUAUGGAUGUUCAUAAUCUCUGGCACAAGUUUGACAAUGUACAAGUCGAUAUUAUAUACAUGUGUUAACUCCGUGCUGGCUAGCAUCUGGAGGGCCAAUCCGAAUAAUUUCCCAAACUUGCUCUGGCUGUCUCAAUAUACGAACAUUCUAUCGAUCAGCAUACGUCUGAAGGCAAAAACCGCUCUGAGCGCCGUGUUACCACUCUGGAGUCCAUUCAUAGGUGGAGUUGCAGCUAUAACACUAUUUUAGUCACACCCUCCGAUUAGUCCAGAUGCUGCUCUGGCACGGUUAGCAUUUUAAUCCUUCUAGAUGCAUAUGUUAAUUUGUCAUUUAUGAUCAUGUAUAGCUCAUUGUAUAAAUAUCUGGCAGUAUUUGUAUACUUUUUCAGCUGAUAUUCAGUUAGUUUAUAUUCUAUCUGUGCUAAAUUGUCUAUGUUAUACACUUAUAUGUGUGUUUUACUAAUUUAAAUUUUUCACUUAAUGUUUUUUUAAGGUAACUCCUAUUAGGGCUCUUUUUGAAAUUAUUCAAUAAUUGAUUUAUCAAUGCUAUCUUGCUUCCAAUUAAAUUUAUAUUCUCUUCCAUCACAACUCUCACUGCAUACUCCUAACUGUUACUGUUGAGGUGAUGUCCUCUUCGUGCACCGUCUCGGGCUCGUACGGCAAUCGGCGGUGGUCACUGACUUCUACAUAUAUACUACUUUAGGUAUUUGAAACACCAUCUUCUUAUUUCUUCUUCUGUUUGUAGUUAACGGAUGAACCCUAGGAUUUCCCCCCUAUUGUUUUUAAUUGUUUUUAAUCGCAUCCCGGUGAGAAAUCACUACUUUCGUCGUUGUUAUUAUCACAUGUCCUUCUUCGUUUUCUCUAAUAACUUUGUACUCCACUGCGUUAUUUCGUCCUUUUUCUCUUUUACUGUCUGGGGUAGUGUUUCGAUGCUUUUUACUCUCGGUGUCACUUUCACGAGUGUCGAGUUUUUAUAGUUUUUAAUUUUCAUUACCUGUUUAGUGGCAAUUAACGAAUCCAUUAACUGUUUAAUGCUGCGUUGUUGUAUUUCGAUUACGAUUGCGAUGCUAGUUUGUCUAGCAUGUUCUAGUUUUUUCAAUUUAUUUAAAAUUGUUGUUUUUGCAGCCAUGUUUUUUCUUCGUAGAUGUUCUUGUUUAUUUUGUGGUAGAGUUCAUGGAGUUUGAAUGACAUGAAUACACAGUUCCAAUUGCACUUUCCUUCUACUGGUGCUUUUUGGAUUUUUCUCUUCUCUAGCAAUGGCGGUUUUAUUUCAGUUAUCUUUUCUUACAAUUUAUUUUUCAUUUUAUACUCUUUUCUGCUUUUCUUUUAUGUUGCUAUAUGAUACUUUGAUUCAUGAAAGACAAAAACAUUUCAUUUCACUUCAAUAGCAUGUAGUUUUACCGCGGUAUUUGCAACUUUUUCUGAUUGGGCUCGGUGAUGGGUAUUGCACACUUUUAACACUCCGAAUGCCAAAUUGGCGAGGAGUGCGACUAUGGUUAGUGCCACUGUUUUUAGGGUAUCGUGUGCGGUGGGCGAGACAUUAUUUGUAAUGUCGUCAGACCCAAACCAGCCCAUUAUCACUGUCACUUUUUCACUUUUCUGUCACACAACUUUUAAACAAUUUGCAAUGCGUCUGCGACAUGCAAUACUUUUUAAUGUUUCACCACGCGAGCGAGUUAAAAUCGCGGCCAGUUUUUUAACUGUUUCUAACUUGCAGGGUCUACAUAAGUUAGAUAAGCUGUCCACGGUAUGCCAUUUGAUGGGCGCCGUGUCUUUGGUGGAGAAGGCUUUCUCUAUUAGUUGGAUCGGUACCCGGACUAAGGAGGGCUUCGAGAAGUAACCUCCAGAACGGACCGAAGAACUGCCAAAGUCAAGUUCCAGUCAAAGAUUGUCUGUAUUUCGGCAGUCAUAUUGUUUAUACAGGUUUUUACAAUUUGUUCUUAACCUAUCCUAUUCAUAAGUGUGAACGAGACGCCUGGAGUCAUUAUCAGAAAAGGUUUUUGGACUUGUGCAAUUUGAUGCCACACAGGGUGGUAAAGAGGAAAGGAAAAUAGCACUGAUCGAUGCGUAGCCACAUAUGGUUGCAAUUGAAUGCUGUUCUAUAUUUUGAUUACAUUGCAUUUUUGAGGCGGAUGGCCUUUACUGCUGUUUGGUUACAUUAGGUUGAGUUGAUAGGGAUUAAUCGGUUGUUAAACGAAAUACCAUUACAUAUUACCACAAAAGACACCUGGUUGUAUCUCUUGAGAAAUUAUCAAACAAUCUUUUGAUAUAUUUAAAUUUAGAAUUUUUCGCACUACUUUACAUCGCAUAUGCUAUUCUGGUAAGUGUCUUCAAUGGGGCACGUUCGGUGUAGUACUAGAUUUGUAGUAAUGAGCUGAAUUUUAGUAUGGUGAGAAGGUCAAUUCUCCGUUUCUGCAAUGAAAUGGUGCAAAAAGCGAGAGCGGGACAUUUGGCAUAAAGUCAUUUGGCAUAAGGUCGUUUGGCAUAAGGUCACUUGGCAUAAAGACAUUUGGCAUAACGGUCAUUUGGCAUAAUGGACAUUUGGCAUAACCGAAAUGCACCCUUCUUUAUUAUGCCAAGUGUCCAUUAUGCCAAAUGACCGUUAUGCCAAAUGACUUUAUGCCAAGUGACCUUAUGCUAAACAGCCUUAUGCCAAAUGACACAGACCCCUUUUCAAGGAUUAAUCUAGGCUUUGGAGUUUGAAAUCCUUGUAAGUAAUCAUAGCUACGUUAUAAUCACGUGAUAAAUUGUAGAGAUCUCCAUUACUGAGUGAACGUGUUGGAAAUAAAUUCAUGUCUUUAAACAAUAAAUGCAUAUCUUCUCAUAUUCAUAUUGACGCAUCUUUCUCAACUGGUGCAUUUUCUCCAGAAUCCUCUUACCCAUAAAAAAAACAGGGAGAGAAACGAAUAGCAAAUCAUGCCUUAUCACCAACUGAGCAAAAUAAGCAAACACUAUUAAAGCUUCUAGUUGCAAUCAUUGUAAAAUUCCUGAACAUAAAAACGUAUGAACUAUGUACACUCCCGUUCAAAAGUUUGGGGUCACCCCCUCAAAAACAUGUCAUUUUUUUAGGUCCAUAUCUCCGCAAAUUUGCGUCCGAUUUCAAAACCCUAGGUUUCAUUCAAAAGAUAAUAAGUCAAAGAAACUUUGAACAUGAUUUAAAAUAAACUUUUUUACAAAAUUUUGUAUGUAAACUUAACCCGAAGUUGCCAAAUAUUCUAUAAAAUAAAUAUAAAUAUACGGAAGUGUCGCUGGAAGUUGAGUCGACCAAAUUUUAAGAUAAGAGCGGUAAUAUGACCCAUUUUCUAUUAGCUUUCAACUGCUUUUUACAGAACUCAGCUAAAAAAUCUAGAAAAAAAGUUAUUAAGUAAAUUAAUCCUUGAUGUCAUCUACCAAAAGUUUGGGGUCACCCCUCAAUAUGAUGUAUCGGUCAAAAGUUUGGGGUCACUAUCGUAAAACAUGGAAAAGUGAUUUGUUGAUAUCUUUGUCAUCUUUCAUUCAAUUUUAAUUCUUUUUGGCUUAUUUGAAACAAAAUGAAUGAUACUUACUGCAUAGACAUUUAACCACACACAUUUGUUGAAAUUUACAUACUAAAAUUUAACGUAAAGUUGCCUCAUUUUUUGAAGCGUGGUAAAAUGUGCUAACUUUACAUAACAUUUUUAUAUACAAAAAUCGUUAAAUACGUUAAGUUGAAGCAAUCAAACGUAAAUUUAGUUAAUUAUCUUUGAAACGAGCCAAAAAUAAUUAAAAUUGAACUAUAGAUGACGAAGAUAUCACCAAAUCACUUUUCCAUGUUUUACGAAAGUGACCCCAAACUUUUGGCCGAUACAUCAUAUUGAGGGGUGACCCCAAACUUUUGGUCGAUGACAUCAAGGAUUAAUUUACUUAAUAACUUUUUUUCUAGAUUUUUUAGCUCAGUUCUGUAAAAAGCAGUUGAAAGCUAAUAGAAAAUGGGUCAUUUUACCGCUCUCAUCUUAAAAUUUGGUCAACCCAACUUCCAGCGACACUGCCGUAAGUUUAUAUUCAUUUUUUAGAAAAUUUGGCAACUUUGGGUUAAGUUUACACACGAAUUUUUUUGAAAAAGUUUCGUUUAAAUCAUGUUCAAAGUUUCUUUGACUUGUUAUCUUUUGAAUGAAACCUAGGGUUUUGAAAUCGGACGCAAAAUGGCGGAGAUAUGGGCCUAAAAAAAUGACAUGUUUUUAAGGGGGUGACCCCAAACUUUUGAACGGGAGUGUACAUACAUAUGUACUUGAAUUAGUAAGAAUUACUUCCCAUUUAGAUUAACUGCCAUGAGGGCGCAUAUAGCCGAACCGGUAAGUGCACGGGUUUUUAGAAUGACCAUGGGUCAGGAUUCUAAACAAGAGGGUGACGGUUCCGACGACGCUAUCAUUUGUCGUGCACGACAAAAAAAAACCUUGACUAUGUUCCAGUAGGUAUGUAAUGGCAAUUUUGAAUUAUUUACUAAACAAUCUUAGUCAAUAUCCUUAGGGAAACUUUUUUUUUAUUACGGUAUACAAGAAAAAGCGCUACUAUCGAUAGGUGGAUAGGUUUAUUUUGAAGUGGUUGCCAACAUCGAAGUGAUAUGGAAUUGAAACAAACAUAAUUUUGCCGUUCAGGCGAAAUCUGAAACUCUUCGCUUCGCUUUCUUUUUUCUCUGUUUCGCCGGUUGUCCGAGAGUGAACCUCAUAUGUUUUUUCUGGCGUCACUAAUUUAUUGCCUAACUAUAAAAUAUUUAAAAAUGAACUUUCAGAAUUGUGCAGCUUUUUUGAUAAUAUGUUCAUGGAAACCGAAUCAAAAGCGCCCUUUAAAUCCAAGAAAACUGAAACCAAUUGCUCAUUUUCCGCAAAGACCAGUUGAAUAUCUUCUAAUAGCAACGCUAGACAAUCCGUUGUUCCUUGCGCCUUGCGAAGUUCCAAUUGCAUAUUUGAAAGCAAGUUUUUCGAUUUAGCAAUUUCCUUAAACAUGAUAACACAGCAAUAGGGCGAUAUGAGUUAUGGUCAGACGCUGAUUAAUUAGUUUUUUGAAUAUCUAUUACUUUAACUUGUUUCCCCCUCUGGCGGAACAAUGUGUUCUCAAACAAGGUUGUUAUCCAUGAAUGAAUUGAACAGGUCUGGAAAUCGUCGUUUCACGAUAUCUGGGAGAUUCUCAAACAGAUUGAACUUGAUAUUACCGUGUCCCGAAGCAUAAUUGUUUGACGAAAGAAGAGCCAUAGAACAUUCCAGCAUAGUGAAGGCGGGUGUUCCGUACCGGAAGAAGUUUAUUACGCUGCAGUAAUCCUGUUCAAAUCGAAUUUGUAAAACACUAUUUUGUAUUAAGACCUUUUCGUAUGUCAUGCUUGGUUUAGGCCCUUUUCGUAUGUUAUUCUGUAUGUUUAUAGAACGCGCGUCUUCCUACUCGCUCACUCACAUGUCAAUUGUGUAAACAAUGAGUGAGAGCGCUGAUCACCAGUCUGACGGUUUGACAGCUGGAACAGGUAGCACCGAUAUGAUAGUAGGCGACGGUAAGCACCAACCACGAAAGCUCCUGAAAGUUCUGGAUGCACGCUAACUGGAAGAUACCCGAAAGUUCGAGAACUACCCAAAGUGGGUAUAAAUAGCGCAGUGCAACCAGACCGGAGUCAGUUUCAUUUCAACCGCGAAUAUAAUCGUACCAAAGUGUAAGAAAAGAAAAAAAGUGGAAUAAAGAGAAAGUAUCGAAGUGUAAAGUGAAGUAGUGUUUCUAUUCCAAGUCCAAGUGUCAAGACCAAGUGAAGUGUUCAAGUGCUCUCCAGUAAGGAAAUCGUCUCACACGUUCAAGAAGUAUUUCCAACCCAACGGUUUCCUUACACCCAAGUUCCAAAUCAUACAGUCCACUGCCAAGAAGUUUAUCCAAGUCCACCAAGUCUAAGAAGUUUAUCCCAUUCCAACGAUUUCCCUUCUCCGAUUCCACCAGCCAGUGUGGAACAUAAAUUGGUCCUUCGAGCCCGGAUAUCGACCAAUCGAUUCCAGUUCCUGAAGUUUCAACGUUCCUGUUUUCGAAUCAAGUGAAACACUACAGUUCCAGUUUCAGUGAAGUGCAAGUUUCAAAAUGCCACCAGUGCAGUAUUCUCCGAUCAAGCCUGUCAAUAAGAACAAUCCCGUGGUCAAUCCUGAGAUGAAUCCUAAUCCAGGAACCGUCUCGGAUCCAGCAGGAGUGACAAACCCAGCAGUUGUGCCAAAUUCAACAAAAGUCCCGAAUCCGGUGGAAGCGAUGAAUCCUGUAGUGCCUGUAGUUCCAGAUCCUCCUUCGAAUGCAGGCCAAUCAAGCAGUGGAUCAUCCUUCCAUGGAUUUCAUUGGCAGGAACAAGUAGACCGUGGUACCAUGACUAAGCUGAACGGACUUUUCCGCCAACGAAGCCAGGUCGAGCAGAAGGUGGUUCGCAUCCAGUUCACCUUGCGAGACCAAAGGCACCUGAGUCUGGCUCAGCUCAACGUCAUUACCGGCAAACUUGCAGCAGCCUACGAAGAAUUUAGCAGGUUCCACAGCGAGAUCAUGGCCCUGAUUCCCGACGACGCAGAGGACGAACAAGAAGAGAUCUACACUGCUUUCGAGGAUCGUCACGAUGCUGCAUCCACCGUAGUCCAGGAGAUAAUCAUAGCUCUCAACCGCAACACUCAUCCAGCCGUCGCCACACCGCACGUAGUGGUCCAGCAGCAACCCCUGAAAGUUCCGAUUCCCACAUUCGACGGGACUUACUCCAGCUGGCCUAAGUUCAAGGCAAUUUUCCAAGACCUAAUGGAAAAUUCUGCCGAUUCCGACGCAAUAAAACUAUAUCAUCUGGACAAGGCCUUAGUUGGAGCUGCUGCUGGUUCCCUCGACGCCAAAAUCAUAAACGAGGGCAACUACGAGCAGGCUUGGAGAGUGUUAAGCGACCGCUAUGAAAAUCAGCGCCUCAUUGUCGAAAGUCACCUACGAGGCCUGCUCAACCUGAAGAAGAUGUCUAGCGAAUCAUCCAAGGAGCUGCGCUGUUUGCUCGACGAGGCAACCGGACAUGUGGAGAGCCUGCGAUAUCUCAAGCAAGAACUCACCGGCGUGUCUGAGCAUCUAGUCGUGUUCCUCAUAACCGCUGCUCUCGACAAGGCUACACGAAAGGCUUGGGAAUCCACUGUAAAAAGCACCGAAUUGCCGAAGUACACUCCAACUAUCGCAUUCCUGAAGUCUCGUUGCCAAGUCCUGGAGAACUUCGAGUUGUCACAGGUUCCAGCUUCGCCAGUUCUCAAACCGAAGCCCACGCAGCCGUCUCUCAAGCUGCCACUCCAGAAAAGCAACGCAGCCGUGUGUUCAAUUCCAAGUGACACUUCCUGCGAUUUUUGCUCCGAUCACCAUUUCAACUACCAGUGCUCGGCAUUGAAGCAGUUGACCACAGCUCAAAGAGCAGAGAAGAUUCGAUCCAUCGGUCUUUGUUUCAAUUGCCUCCGUAAGGGCCACCAGUCGAAGCACUGCCCUUCAGCCAAAACAUGCCAGAAAUGCAGCAAGAAGCACCAUACCUUGUUGCAUGCUGAUUCCAACCUAGAAAACACUCAGGACCUCCAAGCCAACGUUUCCGAUCCGAAGUCAGUACAAGACAUGAGUGCUUCUGCUCCCACCUCACCAACUCUGAAGACAGGUUCAUCGGUGUCGACGAUCUGUUCAUGCAGUAAAGCAGCACAGGAAACCAAAACUGUUCUGUUGUCCACUGCUGUGGUCCACGCUAUCGACAAGAAUGACAAUCCGUAUCCAUGCCGAGUAUUGCUGGAUAGUGGAUCGCAGGUAAACUUCGUAACCGAAACCAUGGCCAAUCUCCUGAGAUUACCAAAAACGAAAGCCGACGUCCCUAUCACUGGAAUCAAUGCUCGUCAAAGCAUCGCUCGUGAGAAGGUUUCAGUCUCAUUCCGCUCCAGACUCACCGAGUUUCAAGCCACUAUUGAAUGCUUGGUGACCCCCAAGGUGACACCGUUCGUACCCUCUACACGGCUGGACGUCAGCGACUGGGAUGUACCAGACACCAUUCAUCUUGCGGAUCCAAGAUUCCACAUUCCCGACAAGAUCGAUCUACUCAUCGGAGGAGAACUGUUCUUUGACAUCCUCAAGCAUCAUCGCAUCGAUUUGGGCAACAACCUACCCACUCUUCGUGCUACUAGCCUCGGAUGGAUAGUGACGGGAACUAUCACUGCUCCAGCAACACCUGAGUUGUCAGUUCGUCACUCAAACAUUGCAAUUGUAGAAAACGUCGAAGUGCUUGAGCAUGUUCCGUCCAUUUCCAGUAGUUUACCAACGAACAAAAUCUACGAAGACCAGUCUGUGUCGACGCAUUCUCGAAAUUCAACAGAUCGAUUUGGCUUUCGACGUCCUUUCAAACGGACUGUGGAUCAACUUGAUAACCGGCGUGGUCCAGCACUGUCAGGAUCCAUCAUGUUGGAGAACCGAUUCAAUCGCGAUCCAAGUUUGCGGGACAGAUGUUACAAUCGUCCUCCUGAACGUGAUUCCUGUGGGUGUCUUCUCCGCCUCGAUGAAGCUUACGACUUACCACAUCAAGCCACGAGCUGCAUGCCCCAUCAUGCAGUUCUAUCCUCAACGUGCUCCAGUUGCGAUCGAGAAUCCUUCGAUACAGGUGUGAAGUCGCAGCCUGCUAUACAACCGUUGGACGAAGUUUUGAUGCUUGCCAACGAAGACGAAGAAGAUUCCCCUUUCCAAGUUACGACCCAGCAAGACUUUGAUGUCGAUCAAACGUUUGUUGAAACGGAAAUGGAGAAAAAUCUCAUCUUCCGCGAUACACGAUUGCGAUCCGUGAAUGCACACAGUGAAUGCCAGGAACAAACAUGGAAUUCGGCUUCACACGAAUCUUCACAGCGUACGUCGCCAGAGAAAAGAGAGAAACAUCUGCCACUCUACGAUGACAUCGUGAAGAAAAUGCUCAAGGUUCUCGCCAAGUAUGAAGAUCCCAAGGACAAUCGUUUUCCUAUCGCCAAUACAAGAACCCAAUUGUCAGCUUUUUCCCAAAAAUCCACGGAACAGCCUGAGUACUCUGAAGUUCAGCGCUCCUCUGUUCUACUCGAAGCCUUUCCUUCGGUUGUCAAUGUGGUUCAGCCCUCCAGCAAACAUUUUCGGAAAAAUAUGCCUAAUAGUGAUGAGCCACUAGACAAUGAACAACAAAGGUGGAUAGAUCUCCAAAGCGUCGGAUCUUCAUUGAAGCUUGUCAAAGUACCCAGGAGUAUUAUGUAUCCCAAUUCGAUAGUGUGCGAAUUACAAGAACCAGAUGACAUCGCAGUUACCGCCUACGGAUCAAGUUUCAAUCUACUGGACACAUGUGUACCUUCUGAGUUGCGCCUUCAAACCCUCAAGACGCCCAAGAUUGAUCAUUGGGAUGGAUACCCAUUUCAACGAAACAAUUUCAUAGCACCCAACUGCAAGAAGAAAUCCCAACGACCAAUCCCUUAG